AUGCCUCCUGUGCGAGGUGGUGGCUGCCUUCGCACUCUUGGGUUCCUCUGCCUGUUCACAGUGGUGGAAACAAAAAUCAGAACCUACUACCUCGGGAUUGUGGAAGAGAACUGGGACUAUGCACCAUCUGGGAAAAAUCUGAUCACGGGACAGAACCUCUUGGAGGACAAGUUUGCAAGCGUGUAUGCAACAAGAGGAGCCAACCGGAUAGGACGUGUGUACAAAAAGGCUAUUUUUAGGCAAUUCACUGAUGACACAUACUCCCAGGAAAUCCCCAAAGAAGCCUGGCUGGGAUUCCUUGGGCCAGUCCUGAAGGCAGAAGAAGAGGAUGUCUUUAUUGUCCAUUUGAAAAACUUUGCUUCCCGUCCAUACUCAGUGCAUCCACAUGGGGUCUUCUAUGACAAGGACUCUGAAGGAGCGCUUUACCCAGAUGGAACCGGCGGUAAAAGCAAAGAGGACGAUUUUGUUGUUCCCGGUGGAAAUUACACGUACACAUGGCCAGUAAGGAAAGAUUAUUCCCCAACUUUGGCAGACUCAAACUGCUUGACUUGGAUUUACCAUUCUCACAUUGACACACCAAGAGAUAUUGCAUCUGGUUUAAUUGGGCCACUGCUGGUUUGUAAAAAAGGAACUGCAGAUGAGACCUCAAUAGAAAGGACUGGUGCUGCUAACGCUUUUGCCCUGAUGUUUAGCAUUGUAGAUGAAAAUUUCAGCUGGUACCUCGAUGAGAAUAUAAAGACCUUCUGCUUAGAACCAGCAACAGUUGACAAAGAGGAUGAAGGUUUCCAGACCAGCAACCGAAUGCAUGCUCUUAAUGGUUAUAUUUACGGAAAUCUCCCUGGCUUGGAGAUGUGUGCUGAUGCUCCCAUGUCCUGGCACUUGAUUGGCAUGGGAAGCGAGAUCGAUAUCCACGCUGCAUAUUUCUACGGCCACACAUUCACCAACAGAGACCAGAGGGCAGAUGUCGUCGGUCUGUUCCCAGCAACAUUCAUCACAGCAGAGAUGACUCCUGGGAACCCCGGGAGGUGGUUGAUAACUUGCCAGGUUAAUGAACAUUUACGAGGUGGCAUGGAGGCACUUUAUGAUGUACAGAUCUGCCAAGAAAAACUGUCUCAGCCUUCACCAGUCAGUCACAAGAGAAGAUAUUAUAUUGCUGCUGAAGAAGUGCUCUGGAAUUAUGGACCUGACGGUUAUGAUAAAUUCACUGGGCAGGGCUUAAAUGCCACUGGCAGUGAAUCUGCAAUAUAUUUCACACAAGGGACUGACAGAAUAGGAGGGCAAUACUGGAAGGUUCGCUAUGUGGAGUAUACUGAUGCAACAUUCAGUAAAAGGAAGAUUCAGCCAAAGAACAUGAAGCACCUGGGAAUACUUGGUCCUGUAAUAAAAGCUGAAGUGGGAGAUACAGUGCUAGUUACUUUUGCCAACAAAGCCAAAAGGAGCUACAGUAUUAUGGCCCAUGGAGUAAGCUUCAGCAAACUGUCGGAAGGUGCUCCCUACUUAGAUGGAUAUAUGAAGCCAGGAGCCCACGUUAAGGCAGGUGAAACCUUCACAUACAAAUGGAGAGUGCCUGAAAACGGAGGUCCAAGUGAGAACGACCCACCAUGCCUCACCUAUCUCUACUACUCGGCCACUGAUGCCGUCAAGGACACCAACUCCGGCCUGGUGGGGCCUUUGCUGGUCUGUCGGAAGAACGUCCUGAAUGAGGAUGGGACACAGAAAGGAAUAGACAGAGAAUUCUACCUUCUCUUUUCAAUCUUUGAUGAGAAUGACAGCUGGUAUCUCAACAAGAAUAUCGAAGCAUUUACUGGAGACCCUUCAAAAGUAGAUGAGAAUGACGAAGAUUUCAAGGAAUCCAACAAGAUGCACGCUGUCAACGGCUACUUGUUUGGUAACCUGCCAGGCCUGGCCAUGUGCAAGGACGACAAGGUCUCCUGGCACCUCAUCGGGCUGGGCAGUCACUACGACAUGCAUGGGGUUCAGUUUCAAGGAAACACCAUUGAUCUGAGAGGGACGACGAGGGACGGCCUGGCCUUGUUUCCUCACUUAUCGGGAACAGCACUGAUGCAGCCAGACCGCGUGGGCACAUUCAAGGUGGUUUGCAGGACUUUUGAUCACUUUGUUGGGGGGAUGAAACACCUCUACGAGGUCAGCAGCUGCCGCAAUGCCACCCGAGCCCAGCAGCAGCACAACACCAUGAGGAUCUUCUACAUCGCUGCAGAGGAGGUGGAGUGGGACUAUGCCUCAAAUAAGAGCUCAGAACCAAAGAUUUACAACGUCAGCAGCAAUGAGGAAAGUUAUGGGCACAUUUUUCUGAGCCAAGGGGAAGACCUAAUAGGUACAAAAUACAAGAAGGUGGUUUACAGGGAGUACACGAAUGGCAAUUUUACACAGCACAAAGUGCGGACAGAGGAGGAGGAACACCUGGAAAUCCUGGGGCCAUUACUCCAUGCCGAGGUUGGUGACUCUGUGCUGAUCGUGUUUAAGAACAAAGCCAGCAGGCCUUAUUCAGUGAGUGCACACGGUGUAGAAGAAGUGGGUUGUGAAGAACAACCUGAGACACCAAUUACCCUCCCAGGGGAAAUAAACACCUACAGGUGGAAUGUUCCAGAGCGAUCCGGCCCUGGUAAAACAGAUCCAAACUGUAUCACUUGGGUUUACUAUUCAACAGUAAAUUUUGUAAAGGACACAUACAGCGGUCUCAUUGGGCCUCUUGUAGUUUGCAGAAAAGGAAUUUUGGAUGAAAAUGGUUUGAGGAAAGACAUUAAUCGUGAAUUUACUCUCCUGUUUAUGGUGUUUGAUGAAAACAAAUCCUGGUAUUUGAAAGAAAAUAUUGAAACAUACCUUCAUAAGAACCCUGAUGAUUUUAAUUCCACUAAGGACUUUGUAGAAGGCAACAGUAAGCAUGCAAUCAACGGGAAGAUUUAUAACAGUCUCCUGGGUCUAACAAUGAAUGAAGGUGAUACGACGAACUGGUAUUUGAUAGGAAUGGGCAAUGAAGUGGAUAUACAUACAGUCCACUUCCAUGCACAGACCUUCAUCUUCAAGACAGAUAAGGACCACAGAGGAGACGUGUAUGACCUUUUUCCUGGGACAUUUCAAACAGUUGAGCUGGUAGCAGAAAACCCUGGGACGUGGCUCCUGCACUGCCACGUAGCUGACCACAUCCACGCCGGCAUGGAAACGACCUACACCAUCAAUAAAUCAGAGCGGGAAGCCCCUUCAGGAGGAGGAGUCACAACUGUAGCUUAUGGUACCACCACUGCGAAAAACAGGACCACAGCAAAGGAUUAUAACAGCCAAGAGGACACUUUUUUGGGCAAAAUCCUGAAUCCCGGAGCAGCCAGCCUGAUGUUCGCAGCUUUUGUUUUCGUUGGACUUGUUCUGCUGCUCACCACAUUCACCUUCUUCUGCCUUACCACCCGCCAAGGAAGCAGGAUCCAGUAUCAGGCUCUGCACGACAAAAGCGCGUUUCUACCAGACUCCCUGUAA